UUAACUUGCCUCUCCAUUGAUACCCUCCACCUUUCGGAAAAAGAUGAGAUACUAGCUACCUAAUUGUAUAACUAAAAUUGUACAUUGCACCUAGCUUGAUCCUCUGCCAACAACUAUAGAACCUGACUCUGUCCCUUCUUUACACAUCAAACACUUUUCUAACAAAGAUCAAGCUCAAUUUACAUCAACAUUUUUGUAUCAUUUCUAGCAUAUAGCCCAAAAACAUAAACAUGAAGCAACAGUCAAUCUCCUCAUUUUUUAUUUUCCUUCUUUUCCUCCAUUGCACCUAUACCUUUGCCCAGUCACCAGCUGCAGCCCCAGCGCAGGCACCAGCAGUGGUUGUGGCACAACCUCCAGCAGCAACCCCAAAACAGGCAGCUGCACCACAUGGCAUCACCAACGUCACCAAAAUCCUUGAGAAGGCUGGACACUUCACGAUCUUUAUCCGCCUUUUGAGAUCCACCCAAGAGGAAAACCACUUGUUCUCCGCGCUAAAUGAUUCAAGCACUGGUUUAACCAUCUUUGCACCAACGGAUAGCGCAUUUUCGGAACUCAAAUCAGGAACUCUCAACACUCUAAGUGAUGGAGACAAGUCUGAGUUAGUGAAAUUCCACGUAGUUCCAACAUUCCUCUCUACUUCCCAGUUUCAGACUGUAAGUAACCCUCUAGGUACAUGGGCUGGAACAGGCAGUAGGUUACCACUUAAUGUGACAAGUUAUCCAACCUCAGUGAACAUAACCACAGGACUUACCAAUACAAGUUUAUCUGGCACCGUAUACACAGACAACCAGCUUGCCAUUUAUAAGAUUGAAAAGGUUCUCCUCCCUAAGGACAUUUUUGCUUCUAAUGCUCCAGCUCCAGCACCAGUGGCACCAGCACCAGAAAAACCUGCAAAGGCGGUUCCUGCGGCUAAUGUUGAGAGUCCUGUGGCUCCUGUGGAUAUAUCCAGUGCAGUUUGGUUUAUGCAUAAUAAUGUGGUGGGAUCAGUUGGUAUAGUUGCUGCUGCAGUGUUUGCUUUGUAAUGUAGAGAGUCCUGUGUCUCCUCUUUAUGGUUUUUCUGAGUUGGGUUGGAUUCAUGGAGUCUGUUGAAUAAUUAUGAAUUUAUUUUUAAUCCAGUUUUUAUUAUUUAAUUUUUGACAUUGUGAUUAAGAUUGAAUUUGAGUUUUUAUUUA